AUGACUUCUCUUAUUGAAGGUACAUGCUAUAUGUUAAGGUGAUGGAUAACACUAGUGAAACAAAAUGUCUUUUGUUUGACAGUAUAUGCUCAGAAAUUGUUGGUGAAACUGCUGCAUCAUUGCUAGGUGGAUCAUUCAAUGAGAUUGAGGACCCUAAUGAUUUGCCUGACGUAAUAAGGAAUUUGGUUGGGAAGACCUUUCUCUUUCUGCUAUGUGUUGAGAAAGAAAACAUUUGGGAUGGUAAGGAUUCUUUCAAGGUUUCAAGAAUCCUAAACAAAGAUGGACUCUUGCAAGAAGAUGUCCUUGAGGAAUCUGAACAAUUGGUUAAUCCUGCCUCAAUUGUUUCUGGAGAUCAGUGUCUCAUGUUAACAAUGAGUCAAGACACGUCUGACUCAUCUACUCCAUCUUCCAAGCGUGUUUAUGCUCCUAAUCUGUCUGAAGAAAAUAACUCGAGAAUGCCCGGAAAACCCUUAUAG